AAAAAUUGGAGGAAAGGUCGCGAUGCGCUUCCACCGGAGAUGUGGAGACAGGGUCACCCUUCUUCACAAUAAUUAUACAGCAGUUAGGAAUUUUGUCGAGUUCAAUCACGGCCUGGUUCUGAGUGACCAGCCUCUAAAAAACGAUGUCAUGUUCGAAGUCUGCAUCGAUCGCAAGGUCAAUGUAUGGAAUGGAAGCCUUGAAAUUGGUGUUACAACACAAAAUCCAGAAUAUAUGGACUUACCUGCCACGGCAACCAAAUUGAGAAAUACCGCAUGGAUUCUAUCAGGCAGUUCAGUUGUGAGAGAUGGUGUAACACAUUUACCAUCAUAUGGCCCAGAGCUUGACACACUGCAGGAAGGGGACUGUGUUGGUGUCAUGAGAACUAGUCGAGCUGAGUUACUAUUUUUCAUCAAUGGAAGAUGUCUCGGUGUGGCUGCCAUGGAUAUGCCCCCACUUUUAUAUGGGGUUAUCGAUUUGUAUGGACAAUGCGUUCAAAUAACUCUCGUGCCGCAAUCGCCCACUACACCUAGAUCUGCAAUAACAAAUGCAGAAUCUCAAAAUGAAGCAACGCGUCAUGACGGACCAGUGGCACUCAUGGAGGUUGUUAACUAUGAACCCUCUGUUGACACAUUCCCUAAGGGUAGCCGGGAUGAAUAUGUUAAUAAUUCUACGGAAGCUUCUUGUACACAAUAUAAUCAAGACCGUUUGAGAUUUCAUACAAGGUGCGGUGUAUUGGUGCGGUUCUCACAUCACAAUAGGACGGCGGAACGCGCACGGCCAAUGGAUGAUUAUAAUGAUGCUGUGGUGAUGACGUCACGACCGUUGCAUGAUGGUGAACUCUUCGAGAUACGCAUCGAGCGCCUCGUGCAUAAAUGGAGCGGUAGCAUUGAGGUUGGCGUGACCAAUCACAAUCCGGCAACUCUAAACUUCCCGUCAACUAUGACCAAUAUGGAAACUGGCACAGUCAUGCUCUCCGGCUCCAAAGUGUUAAUCAACGGUCAGGGUACAUGCACUGAAUAUGGCUCUAUGAACCUUGAUGAAUUGAAGGAGGGUGAUAUGGUGGGUCUGAUGAGGAAGUCGUGUGGAAGCCUGCAUUACUUCAUCAACGGCGUGGACCAGGGCGUGGCCGCAAGGGACGUUGCGGCUCCCGUCUGGGGCGUUGUUGACCUCUACGGGAUGACAUCCAAGGUUUCUAUAGUGGAUGCAUACGAUGACAGUAACCUUCAUGAUAUAUCUCCGUUGCCCAGCGUGUCAGUGCUAGCCGGACUAAAUGAGCUAGCACCUGAGAUAGACAUGGAUGCAGAUAUAGAUACAGAUACAAAUGACAUUGAAGAUGACAGUCAUUUAUUUCAUACGAUGCGUGCUUCGAAUGUUGUUAUUAUUAACAAUGGUAAGACUGCUUAUAGGCCUAACGCUAUGGAAUUCUUCAAUGAAGGGCUCGUGAUGACAAACCGGCCCUUGAAGAAUGAUGAAUUGUUCCAAGUUAGAGUCGAUGUGAUCGUACCAAAGUGGGCUGGGAGCAUUGAGAUCGGAGUCACGCAACAUACAUCAAAUGAAAUACAGUUCCCAUACAAAUUGAGCAAUGCCAAAAGUGGCACGUGGGCCUUGGUCGGCGAGGACGUGAUCCGCGACGGUGUCAUCAUCAGCUCGCAGUACACCAGGAACCUCAACAGGCUGGUGGAAGGCGAUACAAUCGGCCUGAUGCGUACCAGCUUGGGGGUGUUGCAUUUCUACAUCAACGGAGAAGACCAGGGUCCCGCUGCUUACAAUGUACCAGAUCAAAUCUAUGGUAUUAUUGAUCUGUACGGGCGUGCGGGGCAAGUAAGUAUUGUGGAGGGUCGAGUGGACCCUCCAGUGUACUCGCCUGAAUCACCACUCUCCACUGAAUCCAUUAUCACAUCUUUUCCGGAAAUGUGUUUCCACCUGGUGCAUGGUCGUAAUGCAGUGUUGUCCAGAUCUCGUCUGACUGCAUCACGAGCUGCUGUCUACUCUGAGUUCAAUGAUGCUGUGUUGUUCAGUUCACGGCCGCUGCGUGAAUGUGAUAUGUUUGAACUACGUAUUGACGCUAUGGUCGACUGUUGGAUAGGCAGCAUUGAAAUGGGUGUGACUGGUAUUCGGCCUGAGGACUUGGAGAGUGGUGCGGGAGGUGCAUUAGCAGGCACCGCUACUGACUUGACUGGGGAUACUUAUGUUCUGAGCGGUGCUGCUGUCAUGAAGGAUGGAGAAUGCGUGCGCAGCGGUUACAGACUAGAUCUAGACACUCUCUCCGUUGGCAGUAGAGUCGGUAUGAUGUGGCAUGCGGACCGCAGCCUGCAUUACUACUUGGAUGGGAUGGACAUGGGACAAGCGUGGCAUGUACCACAUCUCAAUAUCUAUGCAGUCGUUGAUCUCUACGGCCAGUGCACCCAGGUGACAAUUUUGCAAAACGAAGCUCGCACUUUCAACUACAACCCUGGCACAGCAUCAGACAACUCUCUACUGGACAUGACUCAGCAGCCUGCUGCACCUCCGCAGCCUUACUGCACAUUUUCUGAAUACUGCGGUGACAAUGUUCGUGUGACAAAGGAGUACUCGAUAGCGACACGGUUUUUACCUGACCCUGCCGGUGCUAUUGUCUUCAGCUCCUCACAUCUGGCACAAGAUGAGAUGUUUGAGGUGAAGAUAUUAAAGCAACGCGCCGGGUUCGCUGGUGGUCUGCGUGUUGGUGUGACAGAUGUUAAUAUAUUGAACGCGCACGUCAAUCGCAGCCUCCCGCCCGCCAUCAUCUACUUACCUCACUUCACAGCUUACAUCGACGGGAAGCACAUGUUUUAUUCAAGACCGGGUAGUCGAGAACGCGAUGCUAGGCUUGUGGUGCCGUCCUUUGAGUGGCUGAGACCCGGAGACCGCAUCGGGCUCAAACUGACCGCAGACCAUCGGGUUGUGGUCUAUUACAACUAUGAGCCCCUCGAAGUUGCCUUUGAAGGUGUACCUGAUAAAGUGUAUGCGGUAAUUGAGUUACAUGGCGAGGUGAGCAAGAUCCAAGCUAUGAACAAAAUGACCGCCAAUGCAUUGCCUCCGCACUUAAACGAGUCGUUCAUGAGACGCGAGGUGGAGACGUUCCAAGAGGUGACUUCACUGAAGCCAUGCGAGGAUAUGGACGGCAGCAUGGAGGGGAUAGAGGGCACGCCAGCGCUGUCCCCCGCACCCCCCGCACCCACCGCGCCCCCCGCCAUCCCCGCCAUCCCCGCCCACCGCAACCCCCGGCCGUACACCUUUCACAAUGUACACGGGAACAACAUCAAGCUUUGCAGCUCCGAUACGGUGGCGGUGCGCACAACCAGCUACAAUGGCGGCCUGGCAGUCGUCAGCCAGCCUAUCAGGCGCGGUCAGAGCUUUAUGUUCCGUGUGGACAAAGUUGACCCGACCUGGUCGGGCAGUGUGGGUGUGGGUGCUCUAGGCUAUCUGCCUGACGAGCUGCCCGACUUGGCCGGUGCUAUCGACCCGCCUGCAUGGCUGCUCGCGCCCGACCUCUGUGCGGACAAUGGCAUUUACUUCCGGGGGGAGGCUGGGCGUGCGCUGGAGGAGGUGAGCGAGCGGUCUGUGGUGAGCGUGGAGUUUCUGUGCGACGGGCGGCUGGUGGCGGCGGCGGAUGGCAGACCUUUGUGCGCGCUCGGCCUCGUGCCAGACACACUUGAUGUCCUCUACCCACUCGUAGAUGUCUACGGCAAAGUCUGCCAGGUGUCAAUAUUGCUUCACCCAUACGUACUAGGGAGUGGGGCCUCCCUGGACCUGCCGAGUGUAACUGCGACCCGCGAGGACAGCUCGGGCGUGUCGGAACUGCCCGAGGACGACGUGUCGCCGGUGGACCUCGACGCCGGCACCUCUGUCGCCAAACCGAAGCUGCGUGCGCACAGUCACAGCGGCCUCGCGGAGGAGCUCGCGGCGGCCACGCGUCGGCCCCGGGUCGGCGGGCCGGCGGCCACCACCAUGCACCACAGUCUCAUGCUGCCGCCGCCCGCUCGCGAGCGGAUGCACAAAAGCCACUCUAGCCACAGCCUCGGUGAGGCGCGCCGCCACGCCUACGCCGACGACCCCUUCGCCGAGCGCCAUCUCUGCGAUACUAACAUACGUCACAACGACCGGUACCCGGAGGCGAGCGAAGUCGACAACCUAGACAUCGAGAUCGUGGAUGCGCUCACACUCGAGACCGGCAACCUGCCAGACCUCACCGAGGACCACUCCUCCUCCAUCGAUGACUCGACGCGCCGAGACGAUCUCUGCACGGACAUGCUUUCCGCGGAAAACGUCCACUAUCUGAGCUCACUCCUCGGCCUCGAGAGAGGCGGCGGCGGUGAAUGCGAGCCCUCGGAGUGGGAGCGGGCGGUAGGUGGGCGCGACUGUGCCCACCUCGCCCUCGUGCUCGACUACUGGCGCUGUCUGCUGCAACCGCUGCCCGAACUGCGGCGCGGCUGCGCGUGGGGUCGCGCCGAGUGUCACUGCUCCGGCUGCCACCCCGACCUGCGACCACCAUUAGCCGGUUGGGUGCGUAUAGAGAGGGCGGACGCUGCGGGCGGGGCUGCUCGCGCGUACUGGCCGCUGUCGCGUGCGGCGCUCGCGGGAGUGCGCUCGUGCUGCGCCCGCGCCCGCCGCCCUCGCCGCCCUACCGCCCUAACGCCCUCCCUCUCACGUCUGCCCGCCUCACUCUAUGACGUAUGGUUCGACGUACAGGGUACACCGCAUCGCGUUGCGCUCGCCUUGGAGAUAGAUGUCGAGGGAAAGACACCGGAGAGUGAUUGUAUGCUGGCAGUCCUCAUCUAUAUGAAGCCUCACUCCACCUUGGCAGACAGUCCCUGUGGCCUGGAGGAGUGAGAGGGUCCGUGAAACCUGGGACAAGUUUUAAAUCCAGAUUUAAGUGCCAGCAUACUGAUGUCACUAACAUUUGUCAUCGGUGCAUCAAUGUCAUAAAUGUCACCAGUCAAGUAUAGUGCGACAUACUUAUCUGGCCUGGUAGGAACUAAAAUACUGAGACUGACAAACG